ACUUAAGUAAUAGGUACUGAUUUAACUUCCGAUUUCAAUAUAAAUAGAUCGAAAUUUUCAAAAGCGAUCACACAUCACCUUCGAUCUUCAUAACAUCACAUCACAAUGAAGACUGCAUCAGUUCUCUUUGCGAUAAUAGCGUCCAGUUUGGCGUUACCACUAGAAGAUUCAAAAGACUUGAAAAGAGAUAAGAGUUCGCUAUCGUUGGGUGCUCCUCGCUCUGGGGGUGGGUACUUAGCCCCAGCCCCUCUCCACGUUCUGCCACAGUAUCGUGAACUUGACCACGAGAACGAAGAACACCAACGAUCAUACUACGAGCCAGCCGCUGGUGCAGUCAUCCCGGCUCCACAUUCAGUCGCAAGUUAUGGAAGUCAUGCCGGCAUAGCCAUCUCAGCUGGAGCAGGACAACCCCUGUCUUUACCCGCUAUUGCUGCUCCCAUUGCUACGGGACCAGCCAUCGGAGUAUUCCCGCACGCUAGAGUGAGUGGCUGUAAUGUUCCGCUAAUGUUGAGCUGCGCCCCGAACGUCGUCACUGGCGUUUUGAGUGAACAUCACGGAUACGCCGCUCCAGCCUAUAGGAACGCCGACGAAGAUAUGAUGCGGGAGGCUGAUUGGGUGAAAGCAUCCCGGGCGGCCAACCAUCACAAGCUGUCGGAAGACAUCCCAGAAUCACAAACUGGCAAGCACCACACCGACCUCAAAGAUUUAUCCGAACCGAAUCUAACGCGAACCGUUCCGAAGCCUGAAAACGAACAAGUUGCCCACGCUGAACAUGAUUAGGCCGAUAAUGG